AUGAUCCGUGGGGUAAUGAUUGUAGGUCGUGCUUGGCGGCCGCUUGAUUCAGCCGCCCGCUGCCUGCACACUGUCUACCAGAGCGCCGAGCUGCCCGAUACACACCGCAUGCUGCGGGAGACAUGCCGGGAGUUUGCCCAGAGGGAGCUGCAGCCUAUAGCCGCCCAGCUGGACAGAGAGCACCGCUACCCCGGGGAUCAGGUCCGACAAAUGGGGCAAAUGGGAUUGCUGGCUGUGGAUGUCCCAGAGGAGUUGGGUGGUGCAGGUUUGGAUUACUUGGCUUAUUCAAUUGCUGUGGAAGAAAUCAGCCGUGGAUGUGCAUCCACUGGAGUCAUCAUGAGUGUCAAUAUCUCUUUAUUUAGGACCAAUUCUGAAAAUGCAACAGAAGAGCAGAAAAGGAAAUGGAUUACUCCAUAUUGCAAUGGAGAUAAGAUUGGCUGCUUUGCGCUGAGUGAACCGGGUAACGGCAGUGAUGCUGGAGCAGCAAGCACAGUUGCCAGGCUUGAUGGGGAUCACUGGGUGUUAAAUGGGACUAAAUCCUGGAUCACAAAUGCAUGGGAUGCUUCUGCAGCUGUUGUCUUUGCAACAACAGACAAGUCCUUGAAACACAAGGGUAUUAGUGCCUUCUUGGUUGAGAUGCCAUCACCAGGCCUUUCACUUGGAAAGAAGGAAGAUAAGCUGGGGAUCAGGGCUUCCUCCACAGCAAAUCUAAUCUUUGAAGAUUGCCGGAUACCACAUGAGAAUCUUCUUGGAAAACCUGGAAUGGGCUUCAAAAUUGCCAUGCAAACUUUGGAUGCUGGCAGGAUUGGCAUUGCAUCUCAGGCUCUGGGCAUUGCUCAGGCAGCUCUUGACUGUGCAGUGGAUUAUGCAGAGAAGAGAAUAGCAUUUGGAGCACCUAUCACCAAAUUGCAAGCUAUACAGUUCAAGUUGGCGGACAUGUCCCUUGCUUUGGAAAGUGCCAGACUCCUCACGUGGAGAGCUACAAUGCUAAAGGAUAAUAAGAAACCUUUAUACUAA